GCACAAAAAAGCACAGGCUGUAGUUUUAAUAAGCAAACUGAUGCUGAAAACUGGCGACUGCUCCCCUUUAGUGUUCCUUUUAGGUCUCGUUAAACCUGUUCCUGGGGCUUGUCUAUGAUCUGUUUUUCUGAAUUCCGCAUGUUUUAUUAUCUGUCGCGUUUGUCGGUUCUGACAGCUCAUGACUCACGUAUUAUUAUUAUUCUGGAUAUGUUUCUAGAUCUGCAGCUUGCGGCCGAGCUGGGCAAGACUCUUCUGGAUCGUAACACCGAAUUGGAGGAAUCUCUGCAGCAGAUGUAUGCCACCAACGAGGAGCAGAUCCAGGAGAUUGAAUACCUGACAAAGCAGCUGGAUCUCCUGCGACGGAUGAACGAGCAGCACGCCAAGGUCUAUGAGCAGCUGGACAUCACUGCCAAGGAACUGGAAGAAGCUAAUGAGAAGCUGGUGCUGGAGAACAAGUCGUCCCAGCAGAAAAUAACAAGCUUGACAGAGACUAUUGAGACCCUGCAAAGUAACAUGGAAGACCUCCAGAAGCAAGUAGAUGAUCUGAAGAAACCAGGUCGUGUCUGUCGCAGCCGUGAGAGAUUUGAACAGUCUCGGUCAAGUCAGAGCUUCUCCUGUCUGAAAGAACUGUAUGACCUGCGCAAGUAUUUUGUUUAUGAUCAUGUGUUUGCUGAGAAGAUCACCUCGCUUCAUUCCCAGCCUGGUCCCCUUGAAGAGGAAAACUGCAGCUUGAAAAAGACCUUGUCUGUUCUAGAAGCACAGCUAAACCUUGAACGUAAGAGGAGGGAGAACUUAGAAGAAGAGUUUCAACAAGUCUUCAAGGAGAACUUGGAGUUGGAGCAGGUCCUUUCUGAUAGGGAUUCAUGCCAUGCUCGGGCUGAAGAACUGGAAGCUCAGGUGGCUGAAAUGCGUGAGAUUGUCCGCACUGACACUAUAUUUGCGAGCAGUGUUGAAAAACUUAUACCGGAGUCCAUCUUCAUCUCCUUCAAGGAUACUUCAGACAAAGACCCAAAUCAGGAGGUGGCCACACCACCCCCUGAAGCAGAGAAAAGGCCCCUAAGAAGAAGCAGCAGUGAGAUGGUCUUACCCACUGUUACAGCAGAAGCCAUCUUAAAUGGUCAUGAAGAAACCUGUAUCAGAAGGACAGAGGCAGUGAAGCAGAGGGGUAUUUCCUUGCUCAAUGAAGUGGACUCUCAGUACAGUGCUCUCAAACUCAAAUACGAAGAACUUCUUCAGAGGUGUCAGUUGGAAGAUGAUGACUUUAACCAUAAGGCCGUCCAAACGGCAAAGCCUUCACAGGUUCUCUCCAAUGUCAAUUCUCCUGGUGAAGAUUCACUACCACGUUCUCCAGAAAAACCCAACAUAGGUUCCCCUGUAACACAACCAGAGUACAAGCUUCUCUUUCAGGAAAUAUUUAGCUGCAUUAAGAAAACCAAAGAAGAAAUUAACGAGCACCGAACAAAAUAUAAGUUUAUUCCAGAAUCUGUAAAUAGUUAAACAGUAUUAAUGGUUCCUCUCCCCCCC